AUGACUUUUGAUGUGUUAUUUCUUCUCUACUUCAUCCUUUUCAUGUUUGUCCCUUGUUCUACCACAGCUCAAACUUACAGAAACAUAUCUUUAGGCUCAUCCCUCGAUGCACUAAAUGAUGACAACUCAUCAUGGCAAUCACCAUCUGGUGAAUUUGCUUUCGGUUUUCGACAGAUUGGAAAGGAUGGCUUCCUACUAGCCAUCUGGUUCAACAAGAUAACCGAGAAAACCAUUGUAUGGUCAGCCAAUGGGGAUAAUCUUGUCCCACAAGGAUCCAAAGUUGAACUCACUGCAGAUGGCCACUUUUUGCUCAAUGAUAUUUCAACAGGCAAAGACAGAUCAAUAGCUUCUUCUGCUGCUACUGGCGUUGCCUAUGCAGCAAUGCUAGACACUGGAAAUUUUGUGCUGGCCAACCAAAAUUCAACCAUUCUGUGGGGGAGUUUUGAUCAACCAACUGAUACAAUCCUACCUGCACAGGCUCUUAAUAACGGAAGCAGACUCUUCGCUCGCUAUACGGCAACAAAUUACUCAAGAGGUAGAUUCCUGUUUACACUACAAUCUAGCGGAGGUCUCAUGCUUUACACAACAAAUUUCCCACAAGAUUAUCCCUAUUUCAAUUAUUGGAAGACCGAUACUAAUGGUAGUGGCUUUCAAGUCAUAUUCAACCAGUCUGGCUCUAUUUACCUUGCCGCAAGGAAUGGAACCAUACUUAAUGUAAUAUCCUCCAAUACAUUAUCAAAGCAAGAUUUAUACCAGAGAUUAACUCUUGACUAUGACGGAGUUUUGAGGCACUAUGUCUACCGUAAAGGCACUGGCUCAAAUGCCGGAGUUUGGUCCACACUGUCCUUCAUACCUUCAAAUAUCUGCAUGAGUAUCUCGCAACCGAAAGGUGGUGGUGCAUGUGGGUUCAACAGCUUAUGUCAACAUGACCAAGGACAGCCAAUCUGCAAGUGUCCAUCUGGUUAUACCUUGAUGGAUUCACAUGAUGUGUUGAAAGGCUGCAAACAGAACUUUGCUCCACAAAGCUGUGAUGAGGCCUCAGCAGAGACCGAUCUU